AUGGGGAAGUCCAGAAAACUAAAGAACCUAGUCAAGAACGUGCAGUUUUUCGUCAAAAAAUGUAAAGAGAAAAACAAGAAACUGCUCUCCCUCAGCAGUCUGGACGAAAAAGACGAAACGCUCAACUCGGGAACCUUCACAGAUGAAAAAACGGACGGUACUAAAAGCUUCAAGGAAAAUUCUGCUGAAAAUAUUUCCAAAAUGUCAAGCGAAUCCAAGUAUGACAUAACACACGCAGAUUUCGCCACUGCGUAUAGUAGGCAGUUGAGAAGAUCACAGACACAGGGGAAUUUGCAUACCUUGUCUGAUUAUUUCGACAGAAGAAUUGGUAAGAAAAUGGUAAAGUUUGUGAAAGAUGGAGGGAAGAGACAGCUGGUCGGGGGAAGUAUGGACGAAGGCGUAUCAUUGAAUGAUGAAGAAGAAUUUAGAACGGAAAAGAGUUACACUAGCAGUGUAGAAAUUAAGAAGAAAAAACAGUCCAAGGAUAGAAGAAUGGAGGAAAUGAGAAAUGAAAUUCUGGAGUGCGACUUGCACCUCCUCAGUAUAUACAAAAAGUUGGAAAAGGGGGAGAAAAGUGGGCGACCGGUCAGGAGAAGUGGGACAAAAAAGGGUGGCGGUAAGAGCAGCGGCACAAUGAACGUAAAGGCCCAAACGAUGAAGACGUACAAUUCGGAGGUUAUGAGCAUAAAGAAGGAGCUUUCCCUGCGGAGGGGAAAGACCCACGGGAAGGGGAAAACGAGAAAAAGUGGCAGGGGAAGGGGGGAUGAAGGAAAAGACAGGGGUGGUAGCGCAGGGGGAAAAAUAAAGGGGGAAUCCCCAAAGGAACAAGCAAGCAGAGGAGUGAGAGGAGUGAAAAAGAGAGCACACGAAGAACACAUCCAAAUUAAGCACAGCUUCUCAGGAGGAGAUGCCCCCCGAUUCGAUUCCAAAAGUUCUUUCCUAACAAGGGGGGAAACCUUUUCCAAAUAUCAUCAGAUAAGUUCUUCCAAAAACACAUUUGACAAUUUGUAUUUCUUUCAAGAAGGACUAGCCAAUAGGUUGAACAAGAAGCAGAACACGUCCUCCUUCGACAUUGGCUGUAUGUACAUGAAUCCUGCUAUAAGUACAAGGAGCUCCAAAGAUUUGGGGCCAAAGGGGUCGAAGGAAGAAGGUGUUACUACCACUACUGCUAUGACUGCUACGAGUGUUUUGGCUGCUACUGCCAAUAGUACCUUCCUGAGUAGCUCCAAAAGUUUUCGUCGUUUUAAGUUUUUAAGUGAAAACAAAAAGAACAUCGAAUAUUAUAAGCAGAUGAUAGAGGGUUUGGAAGGGACGGUGGAGAAGUCCAAGAAGCGAAGCAACAACAACAACAAAAGUGGCAACAAGAGUAGCGGCACCGCCACGACCAAUGGAGUCAGCUCCAUAGACAGCAUCAUUAAAAUUAUAAACUGCCUCCUUCAUGACUAUGUCCCCAAGUUGAUAGACAGGUAUGAGUACUACAUGAACACCCUAGACGAUAGGAACAAAUUACUCAAGCAGAAAAUUAGGGAGUCCCUAGACUUUGGGGAUCUUCAAUACGAAGAAAUCAGGGAAUUAAAAUCACAGUUGAUACAAAAAAAUCAGGAAAACAAAAAACUGAAUGACACUAUAGAAAUGCUGAAGGAUAAACUGUCAUACGUUAACGAAAUGGAGUUAAAAAAUGCAGAAUAUCUGGACGAAAUUAUGCUCAUGAGGAACAGGGUUACCUAUUUGGAGAGACUGAUUGAAGAAAAUGAUCAGUCCAAGGAGUCACAUGAACUGAGGAAAAUGAGACACAACUUGAGAAGGCUAUACAACAAAAUGAGGACUGAGAUGAGGCACAUGAAGACGCUAAAAUCGAGAUCUUUUAAUCGGCACAAAAAGGGGAAGUUUUCUAUAAAGAGGUGGAUUCGUUUGGAGGAGAAGAUCAACGAACAUCAGGCACGCAUGCUUAGCCUUGACCGUCAAGGGGUUGCCACUUUGGAGCUUAACCAAUUGGAUGAUAAGCAGAAAAAGGAACCAAAGCAGUACGCAGACAAAGGUGUGGACACGAGUGAUAUGCAGGGCGUGGAGAAGGCAGGUGACGUCGUAAGUAGCAAUACCCAAUGUGCGCAAACUGGAGAAGGAGAACAGGUUAAGAAGAGCAAAGUCCGAACGAAGAACAAAAAAAUCAACACGAUUGUAAGCAAUCGCACAUUUCUGGAGCUACUGAGGAGGGAGGAAAGUAUGGCGGCGGUGGGGAGAAACGGUCCACUUGGGAGAGGCAAUAUAACGAACCGAGGUGAUCCAAUCAAUCGACUCAGUCGGAGUAGUCUACGCUUUGGAAGCGAAAAGUGCACCCGCAUCCCCAAGGAGAGCUACCCCUACUACCACUACUUCUACAGCAAUAUGCUGAUCCCGUCGGAGGGAAGACCUGUUGUCAGGACAGGUCGCAUUUUGCCACCAACCCAAGUGGAAAAAGAACCCAAUGUUGCUUUCCCCCCCAGGGUGACUCUAUCGGAUGAAAAUUAUUUAUCCUUAUGUAGUCAACUUAAGGAGUGUAUCUACCAGAACUAUUUCGAGGAGUGCGCCGCGGAACCGUGCGACGAUUCGCCUGACCAGGGAAUGCAAAACGGGGGAAAUCUGACCAUUCAAAGUGGUGAAAAUGGGGGUACGCAAAAUAACCAGCCUCUGGUUAUCGGCCAUAUGGUGAGAACCCCCCAAUGGAAGAGCCCUUUCUGGAAGGAAACCCCCCGAAGCGAUGACGCCUCCACCCACUCGGUCAUCAGAGGAAAGAACAAAUGUUACAAGAUGCUACCAUUCGACUGUUGCAGCAAUUUGAAUAGAAUUUUAACUGGUGAAAUGAACUGUUCUUCUCUCCUCUGGGGGUGUAACGAGGCAGCGCACAGUCAAGGUAGUAGCAUUACAAAUAGGAAGAGAACUGGUCGAAGGAGGUCAAGCACAUCGAGCAACUCCUCCUGGGGAAGGAAAGACAAGCUUAAGAUGACACGUGUGGUCAGGAAGAAUCACCCAUUUUUACGUAACGAUACGAUUCGAUCUAAAUGCAAGCAUAGGUAUUAUUACCACCGGGUUGGUAGAGCAGCGAAUGGGGAAACGAACCAAAUGGCUACUUGUACCAGGGGGAAUGACCACCACAAAGAGGAGCAGCAGAAUGAACACACAUGCUUGGAAGUGACCGAGGGAGACGGCACAUACGAGCUCCAGCAACCACAGAAAUGGAACAAGGGGGUUGACUUGGGGGGGAAGAUCCUCAUGGACGGUGAACCCGGUAGAAGUAUAUACGAUAAAGAGCGGGUGGAUAAUUUUAAAAAAUUCCUCACCAUUUAUAAUUCACAUUUUGAGGGAGACAAGAAGGGUGGCUUCAUUGGCAGUUUUAGAGAAGAACAAAGUGGUCCAACAUUUGAGACGGUUAUGUGCGACCAAGCUGUGCAGGCACAAAUGGGGGGGAACGAAGAAGAGCACGCAUACACCACAGGGGUGGACACAUGUACGGUUAACGGGGUUUCGAGUAGAAACAGGGGCGGAACGAACAAGGGGCAUAGCAACGCCUACCAAAUGAACAGCCACUACAACUGCUGUCGUGUUAAUCCGCUUUACAGCUCACGCCAUUCAAAUGAGGUCCACAAUAUGAGCAGCAACGAUUUAAACACAAGUUGGGGUGCGCUUGACGUAAAAAUGGGGAAUACCACCCCCUUUGCAGCGAACAGUAGCAACUGGCCUGAAGCACUCACUGUUAGCGGAAGGGACACGAAUGGAAGUGCCUUCCCCCACUGGUUAAAUCCACUUCUUCACAGAGACGUGGCACACUUGACCCAUAUUCCUCCUGGCCACCUACCCAAAAAUGUAGUUGGAUCUACAGGGAAUGAAACAGUUAGGUAUCACAAUUCACUUAAUCAGUUUUUCGAUAUAAACACGAAGGAUUUUGAAGCCAUAAAUAGGUAUCUACAUGGUCAUGUGUUGUACACACACACACGGGGGGAGGGCGUAUAA